GGAGUAUUCUCACUUGACACUUGCGUUCAUGAUCAUGAGCUCUUACUUAUUUAUCCAUGAUUCUAGUGGACAUAAUCACGGCCGAACCUCGAGCUCCCUCAUUGAACAUGGCAGCGAUCAGACCGGUUUAUGUGCGGCCCUUUUGCAAUAUCUCCAAAGGAAGAUAUACUAUUGAAUUCCAAGCUUCAUCUCGUGCUUUCAGGACUAGCACCGAUGUAUAGUAUGUUUUCGAGAAAAGAAAGAAGGGGAUAAGAUCCAAUAUUGCCCACCAUAUUACAAGGCUAUAUCGGGAUUAAGAGCCGUGCCAGAGCUAGCGGGAACCGCGAAGUUCAAACCAACUCAGAGCGUCUAGCGAUGUCAACGAUUACGGAGGUUACUAAGUUGAUGCUAUUCUCCAAUGCCUUUCAACUCUUCGAGAAACAUCAACCCUCGAAAUGUUUUCCCAAGCCUGCCAAUUUAACCAUACGCUGCUCGUUAUAGCACCAAUGUCCAGAACUUCUGAUGUCGCUGAAAUUCGAAGUUUCCGCAUCUUCAAACUCACAAGAGUGUUCACAUCACAACGUGAUCAGCAGUCACGAAGGAGGCUGCAACUUGAAGAAUCAGUACAUUACGAUGCUCACUGACACCUUAUCAGGACGGGUUCUCAACAAUUAAAACCGCUUACAUUCAGAGCACAGCCCUUAUAAAGCUCAUUUGAACCUCCAAAACCCCCCCAAUUCCAAUGUCAUCUCAUAACUUUUCCCAACUGCGCACAAUCCUCGGCAUUCUCAACAAGAAUGUCGAUAUUCUCGAGGAGUCGUGCAAGGCGAACGGAACUCAAAUUCCAGAUCUAAGCGAACCUUUCCACCCAGAUUCCGAAGCUUUUCGUCGGCAUAAAGAUGCUGCCGAAGCCGCGAACACCAUUGCAGCAGCAGCACAACAUAUCGCUGCGAUUUUAACAGCGCCAUCGGUCUCGUUGUAUCAUUCUGUUGGCGGGGUGUUGCAAUCGGCAGCCGUACGCGUGUGUCUCGAGGCUAGCGUUACUGAGAUACUACGUGAAGCUGGGCCUCAGGGAUUACAUGUGGAUACGAUAGCCAAGAAGGCGAACUUGGACUCGCAGAAACUCAGUCGCCUCCUCCGUCUCUUGGCCACCAAUCAUUUCUACAGGGAAGUUACACCGGAAGUGUUUGCUAAUACGAGAAUAUCAAGCAUGCUGGACACCGGGAAACCUAGUGAAAUGGUUUUAGCCGAUCCUGAGCACAAGCACGACAACACAACAGGCGUACCCGCACUAGUGGCUAUGAACCUAGACGAAUCCUUCAAGGCAGCCGCCUAUAUCUGGGAAGCCCUCUCCGAACCUGCCAAAGCUAACACUGACGGGUCACUUACUUCACCUUCACCUUUCACUCGAACUUUUGGUUCAGGCGUAACGCUAUAUCAAUAUUACGAGCGGCCGAAUCAGACUUUUAGGGCAUCAAGGUUUAGCAUUGCUAUGAAAGGAAUUACGGCUUUCCGUCCUCCGGAUAAUGAUGUGAAAGCGUACAAUUGGGCAAGUCUCCCGGCUGGAUCACGAGUCGUCGAUGUGGGAGGAGGGAUUGGCAAUGUCACAUAUAGCAUUGCGAGCAAGUUUGAGGGGUUGAAGUUUGUUGUGCAAGAUAGACCUGCGACUAUUGAGGAUGCGAAGGCGUGGUGGGCCGAUCAGAUGCCUGAAGCUGUCUCUUCGGGCAGAGUCGCUCUGGAAGUACACGACUUUUUGACUCCCCAGCCUCAACAUCUCCAGCAUAACGUCGCCGUCUUCAUGAUCAAGCAAGUCCUGCACAACUGGUCUGAUGAGGACGCUGUCAAAAUCCUCAAAUACCUUCGCCAGGCUGCCACUCCUGAAACGGUCCUACUUGCCAUGGAGUAUAUCUUACCCUAUGCGUGUCGUGACCCUGGCGAUGCCAUUGGUGCAAUACCUGGAGCGGUACCACGAGAGGCUCCGGAACCGUUGUUGGCCAACUAUGGCUUGGCGGGUGAGAUGGAGUACCUUUCGGAUAUCAAUAUGCUCGUUCUAUUCGAUGCCCAAGCUCGUACUGCACCCCAGUAUGAAAGGCUCUUCCGAAGUGCAGGAUGGAAGUUGAGGUUUGUUAAUCGGGAGGUACAGGCUUUGGAAGCUGUUCCUUUGUAGCAACUUUUUGGCGAGCGUCAACGCCGAUUUGUGUAUGUAACUAAAUUCGAGUUAUCGGGGCCGUCAAUGUUUAUAUAGCUGAAACUAGCCUUGACCCAUUGCAGCG